UGCACCUCGUCAACUGGACAACCUUUGCUGUGCUCGUCCGAUCAAAUAAUUGGGAUGAUUUCUUUAUGUCUGAUUCAGUGGAUCGCUCGGCUGAGCUGUUUUAUGAGGAAAUACUCCACUGUCUCGACUCUCUAGCUCCCGUGUCGCAUCUAAUAAGGCAUUCUUCUAAAAGUAUGACCCAAACCAAAAUGCAUAACAGAAUGCGUCAGCUUAGACGAUCCUAUUACAAAACCUUCAAUUUUGCUCACAUCAUGAGAGCGAACGAGAUGGCAUACCAGUUUUCUGCCAGAGCUAAACAGCAGAAAACCAAGCAAGAAAUCGCCGCACUAAAUAGUGCGAACAAAGCUAAGAGUCUCAGUUGGCUGCUGCGCUCUCGAACCUCUAACUUUGGACGAAAGUUCUCUACUCUAAAGAUCAGUCCCAACGAAACGUCUAGUGACCCAAGAAUUUUAUGUGAAGCCUUCAGCUCACAUUUUAAAGAAUCUCAGUGUUUGGAAAUAAGCUCAACCUUUCAGGCCAUGAAGGUACCCGGUAGCCAGUCCCUGUCCUUUGUACAGUUUGACCUAAGUAGUGUCCGUUCCGCGAUCUCAACUACCAAGCCAUCCUGGGACCCUGGUCCAGACGGAAUCCCGCCCAGUCUACUUAAGAAUGGUGGUGAAGAUAUCCCUCUGCUUCUUCUGAAAAUCUUUACGUUAUCAAUGCAAAAAGGUCAAUGCCCGGCCGCAUGGAAACAUUCUAUCAUAGUGCCAAGACAUAAGGGCGGAAGCCUACAGGAAGUUGGUAACUAUCGCCCCAUUAACCACACUUCCAUUAUCUCGCGCGUGAUGGAGAAGUUGAUUAAAAAAGCCCUCAUGACUCAUCUUUACGCAGGCGAGCACAUAAAUGAAUCUCAGCACGGGUUUCUAAGUGCUCGGUCUUGUGCAACCUGUCAGCUGGACUUCCUUAAUUUGGUCACCGAGGCCAUUGACUCUAAUCAAGCAGUUGUCAUUCUUUACCUUGAUAUGCAAAAGGCGUUUGACAGGGUACCACACAUGCGCCUGAUGCAUAAGCUAAAGGCUUAUGGGGUAGAAGGUCCUCUAUUAGACUGGUUGGGUUCCUACUUAAUAGGACGUACGCAGUCUGUUAAGGUUGAACAAACUAUAUCCACCCCGACCGCCGUCCCCAGUGGCGUGGUGCAGGGAAGUGUCCUUGGCCCUACCCUAUUUUUGAUUUAUAUCAAUGACCUCUGCAAGAUUUUGC